AUGGGUGAGUUCAGCCGUGGAGGUGGACAGGGAGAGGAUGCCAGGGAGGGGGUGGGCCAUCACCUGGGGGGAGUUUUGGAGGCUGCUGACGUGGAUGCCUUAGGGGAGUCUGGGGGCAGCGGUGUGGAGGUGGCACAGGUGUUGGAAGCCCAUCUGGGCAAUGUAGACAGAUGUGGCCUGAUGUGGGACGAGGGAGCCUGUGGGAUUCAAGGUGUGGCGGGCUGGGGUGCCAGGACUGGAGGCUCACUGCCUAGCAGGAUCUCAGAGCGGCCCCCACCCCUGAUUGCUGGGUUCUCCCUCCCACCCCUGCUCCACUGGUACCAGUGCAGGACCCCUGCCCUGCUCUGCCUUCUUCUGGAGCCUGUCCACGGGUCCUGCCAGGCGCAGGGUGUCCUACGGUGUCACCGCGCUGUCCACUCGAUUGAGCAGGAUGGACUCUGGCUCAGGCCCUGCUCUCAUCCUUUCCAGCAAAUUGUGGCCACAAACAUUCCUCCUGAAGACCAGGAUGGCUCUGGUGACGACUCCGACAACUUCUCUGGCUCAGGUGCAGGUGCUUGGCAGGACAUCACCGCAUCCCCUCAGGCCCCCUCCACUGGGAAGGACACAUGGCUGCUGUCGGUCAUGCCCACAGUGCCGGAGCCCAGUGACAGGGAGGCCACAGCCAGCUCCACCCCUGUCCUGCCGGCUGCAGAGAGGCCUGAGGAGGGAGAGGCGGCUGUGCUCGUGGAGGCCAGGCCUGACCUCACUGCCCAGGAGGAGGAGCUGAAGCCCGAGCCCAGGGAGACCACACUGGCCCCUGCCACCCAGAGGACCCCAACAGCUGGAGCCACGGAGGCCCCGGCACCCUCCACUGCCCAUCCCCAUGGGGACGUGCACCCUGGGCUCGCCGAGACCACCACUCCCACAGCGCCGGGCCAGCCCGGCCUUCACAGCCCUGGUGCAGAGGGCGCAAGCCCUUCCGCCACCGAGAGCACCGAGAACGGAGCCCCCAGCCAGCUGCCGGCAGGAGAGGGCUCUGGGGAGCAGGACUUCACCUUUGACACGUCCGGGGAGAACGUGGCCGUGGCCGCUGUGGAGCCUGAUGACCGGAGCGAGCCCCCCGUGGGUCAGGGGGCCUCACAGGGCCUCCUGGACAGGAAGGAGGUGCUGGGAGGGGUCAUCGCCGGAGGCGUCGUGGGGCUCAUCCUCGCCAUGUGCCUGGUGGGCUUCAUGCUGUACCGGAUGAAGAAGAAGGAUGAGGGUAGCUACUCCCUGGAGGAGCCCAAGCAAGCCAACGGUGGCGCCUACCAGAAGCCCACCAAGCAGGAGGAGUUCUACGCCUGAGGACCGACGCUCCUCCCCUGUCCCUGCCACUCACUAGGCCCCCUCUGCCUCUUCAUGAAGAACUGCAGCCCCUGGCCCCCCUGCCACAUGCUACCCCCGGCACGGGGCCUCGGGUGCUCCUUCCACGUGUGCCGGCCGUUCACUCCGCACCUCUGAUUUCCGCCUGGAGGCUUGGCCUUUCCACCACAGCCUCACCCGGCGCCCCACCCCGCCACUCUGACUCAGUUCUCCACAUCGGAGUGGCCCUUCCCAGACCCAGCCACAGUGCCAAAGGAGACCCUGCUGCUCUGGACCUGGAUGGCCUGCUGUGGCUGAGGACUCUGGGGAGGGGCACCCGCUGACCCCAUAGCACUUACUGUACAGACGCUGGCUGGGCUGGGCUGGGGCCGCCGAACCUGCUUUCUGCCUGGGGAGGUCUCUUCUAGGUACCAGCUUGUUUUUGCACAUACCUCUGUUCCUCUGUUCGUAGCCCCAGUAGACCUCAUUACUCCCCAGGUAAGUUAAGCCAGCUGAUUUGGUGUCCCCGUCUUGAGAACCCAAUCUACGUUCAGGGGAGAGCAUCAGGGUUAAGAAGACUUUGUUUAUGUUUUUGUUUUAAACUAGGAGAACCAAACCUGGAAGCCAAGCACAGGGUAUUUUGUGUGUUGUCUCGAGUGAGUUUGCCACUCAUGUGCAACAGGGUAUGGGUGGUCCGCUUGGUGGCCUGUUGGUGGGCUGGCCAGUCCAGGCACUGGGGUGGCCACCUCUUGGGCAGUCCUGCCUGUGUCCACAAACUCGAGGGCACGGUGGUGGCCCAGGUCACUGUGACAUUCCAGGACAAGAGGUGUCAGGCACGACGGCCACCGCUGGCUCCUCCACCCAGAACCAAGUUCUCAUUCGGCUCCUGUGGCUGCUGCUGGGCUGGAGUCAGGAAUGUUUUCCAAAGAGUGAUAGUCUUUUGCUUUUGGCAAAACUC